AGGUCACGGCGGGGAGACCUUCCGCGCGUUCGUGGAGAGGACCGUGCGCGACGUGGCACCCACGGACUGCACCGACACGAGUCCAGCGCCAUUCGAGUCCGAGGCGUUGCCGUUUCACGGCGAGGACGGGGAAGAGCGCUACUUCACCGUGCGUGGCUUGGCGUCCGUCGGGCCGCACAUGCCCUUCGGGGGCCGCGUGGACAUCGCGGAGGGCUACGUCGUUGAUGUCACGGGCCCGGAGCUGGCGCUGAAGGAGGCGUCCAGGUGGCAGGAGCGCUGGCAGGGCCUGGCGCGGCUCGUGUUCGACUUCGUGCUGCUCGUUGACACGACGCAGUACCGCAUCCUGGAGGUGUGGGACGAUUCUGGCGUGUUCGAUGAGAAGCUCGACGGCAGGUCCCUGCUGAACUACCUGGAGGGUCCGGAGGACCGGUCCGCGAUGUCCAGCGCCAUCAGCACGGCGCUGCUCGCGGAGGCCGGCGCUCAGAGGCCCGUGGCCUUCUGGAACUCCCGGCGGAAGGA